GGAAGAUGGGUGGCUGUACGGACAGAAGGCACUAUAGAAGAGGGACAUCAAAGUGAUUAUAGAAACAUCGGCAGAGCAUAAGAACAGGCUUGAAGAAGGGCUUGUCUAACAGGCAGCGCUGACUUUCAAGCUGAAAGAUCAAACUCUGUGAGGGUGGAGCCCAAUGGAUCAUGGUGGUCAGUUUGAGAGAGACAGUAGAGUAAUGUCGCAAGUUCCUAUGUGUGAGGUUGACCUCUGUGAUAACUUACCCAACCCUGAAGUUCUCACUGCCCAAACUCGAAACCUCAACCAGACAAACACGCUCACACAGACUCUCUCUCUGUCGCAAACUGAAGCGGGGCUCAUCCGAAAAACUUCUCUUAACUAUGGGAAGGAUAAGGAGGAGGACCAAGGAAAUAAGGGAUACACAGGAAGAGGCAGAGAGGAGGAUGAGGAUGAAGAUGUGGAUGAGGUGAUGAAGGAAGUAGAAGAGGAGGAAGAAUCAGAGGAAUCAAGCAGUUUAAUUUGCUGCCAGUCUCCAGAUACUCCCAUGACUGAUUCUUCAUAUUCAGAAACUGGCAGUCUGUCGGACACCCCGUAUCCUUUCAGCCCUGGAACCAGUCCAGAUCCCACAUACCCUGUCAUUCCAGUGGUCAGUUCACUGGAACUGAGCCACAGUGAUGCUGAAGUGGAUCCUCAUAUCUCCAACAUGGAAUCGGUUGCCUCCACACCAGGGUCUAUUACACUGGGACCUGCCUUCACCACAAGGCCUGCAGAUUCUGUUACACCAACUGUAACCUCAGACACAAGGCCCACCAGCCCGUCUGAGCCUACAUGUAUCACAGGAGCUACAGAUAGGAGAGCAAAAAAUGCUCAUGUCACUACAGAAUAUUUUACCUCAUCCACAGAGCCCAUCUUCCAUCAUGAGGCCACAUGUACCAGAGGCUUUGCUAGUUCAUAUGCAGAACCUGCCACAGCUGCAGAGACAUUUUCAUUAACAAGAAGUUUCAGCACUACUACUGCUUCAACAGCAGGGCGCCUUUCAUUCACCACAGGGCCUACGAGUACUGGUACAGAAUCCCCUUCCAACACAGGACCUAUAAACUCAAACUGGGAGCACAUUACCUCCAUGGCAGUGCCCACUUAUUGUUCAGUGUAUACCCGCGCCACAGGGCCUAUUCUAAUCCCUGCUCCACUGGAGUCUCUGGAGCAGUUGGCACAAAAAGGAGAUGACACUCACUUUCCACAGUACCUUCACCAGAUUGCUGAGACCUUUGUCCUUCAGGAAAACUACCAGUGGGCAUUAUGGUGUAUCCAGCUAGAGAGACUUUAUCACCAGAGGUUACUGGACAACCUAAAUACUCUACAGGAGCAGUGGGAGAGUCAGUGUAGAAAGACUUCUUCCGACCUGGAGACCCAACAUCUGGACACUCUUAAACACAUCUGCCUGACGCACAGUCGGCCAAGGGCGAGAGAUGCUGUGCAUCCAUCUGUGGACUUUUUGAGACCUGCAUGUACCUCAGCCUAUCAGGUUGACGGAGGGAUGGAGCGAAGCUCAGAAGACCCCUCCUGUUCUCAGAGUAGCCAUCCAGACGUUUUCCAUAGGUCUCAGCUGACUGACAAGGAGCACAGCGACAGAGGAGGAGGAGAGGCGGAAGGAGAAGUGGAAUACACCAUUACAGUCAUAGGAAAUGGUCAGCACCCCUCUAUAGCUGGAGGAAUGGAUCAGUCCAAGCCCGCAGAGCAGCAGGGAGGAGAUUUAGGUCCUGCACAGGAAAAGGAGGCAAAAAGGGAAGAAGAGGAGAAGGGUGUUGAGAAGGCAGCAGAGGCUUUGGAGAUGAAAGAUGAGGGAGAGGAAGAAGAGGAGCAGAAGCAGAAGGACAGAGCCUGUCAGAAAGCUGUCCCAGCAGAGAGCCUGUCCAGCGGGGCAGAGGUGGAGGUACAUCAGCUGCAGGAAGCUUUAGCUGAGGAGAAGCUACAUGAGCAGACACAGGAGACUCCUGUUCCUCAAGAGGCUCAUAUGAAGCAGCAGGAGCAGGCUGAAGAGGAAGAGGAAGAGGAGGAGGAGGAGGAGGAGGAGUACGAAGUAGAGCAGGCUGACAUCAUCAGAGAAGCUGCCUCACUGGACAACAUGGCUAAACUCAUCACUGUAGAGGAGAUGUCCCCUGCCUCCGGCCUGGUCUCCAUAUUGAAGAAGCGGAGUGUGUGUGAGGACAACACGAGCCUGUUUGCCGGUUCACUGCCCCGGCCUGACAAACCCACGGCCAAAAGACGUGUCCGCUUUAGAGUUCCUGAUGACAGCUAUGAGAAUGACGUUGGCGGUGGGGACUCCUGCCUGCUUCUCUUCCUGCUUUGUCUGGUUACCGUAGUGAUCAGCGUGGGUGGCACCGCCCUCUACUGUGCUCUGGGCGAUUCCCAGUCCUCAGUCUGUCAGGACUUCUCCAGAAAUGCAGACUUCUAUGUUGGCGAGCUACAGCGCAGGAUAGCACAGAUCCAGCACUGGUUCACUCCUGGGUCAUAGCAGCAAACAGUUUGCCAACACUGAGAGCUGCUGUUUAUCACCGUAGGUCCCAGCUGUUUCUGCUGCUUCCUGGGACAGUGUGUUCUGAGGUGCCAGGGAACUGCUACAGUCUCUGCCACCGUGUGGUCAUUAUGCUGCCUAAUUCGCUAUAUGAGUAUAUCAGACACAGUUUGCACUUGGAAGUUUACUCUGUUGAGUUUUUAGUCUUCUGUGAAUCCAGCUCCAGGAUUCAUGGAGACUAAAAGUCAUUGGUCAGAUGUUCCUUUACAAGACAAACUCAGAAAGAAAAGCAGAACAGAUGGAGAGUAUAAUUGAAGAGGAAGGGGAGGACGCGCUGACCUACACCUCUCUCAGCCUUGUCCAGAUAAAAACAAGAUGGAGACCAGGCCAGAGGUUUAAAAUUUUGACUUGACAUAAGUGUCUUGUUGAAUGAGCCGUUUCCUUAUUCACUGUCAACCGGUGUCACUUAAAUUUCCAAUGUCACCGGUAGAGAAAUCAACUAUGAUUCACUCUGGACUCAGCUUCCUCAGUUAACAAUAAGAACAAAGUAAUACCAGCUGUGGAGAUGUAACAAAUGUGUAAUGUAUAUUUUGUGGAUUGAGGAGCACAGAGAGCUCUCUCCACACGCACUGCACAAAUAGAAAAUGACCCAGUGGACAUUUUACAAACUGCUGCAACCACUGCUGUUGCUUUUAUUGCUGACUUUUUAAAAUUGCAAAUGAAAUUUUAAAACGAACAAACUUUUCUGUGGUCUACUACUUGGAAUGAAAUCAUGUAUUAAUCAUGUCUUAAACCUUUCAUUGAAAGUUUGGAGUUGCUUUGUGUCACCGGUGAAUACACUAUAUUGUCUGAUUAACAAGGAUUGUUUUGGUACUUAUCAAAACUGAGCUGCUGAUGGACAGCAGGCACAUCAAGUGUGUCUCAAGGGGAAACCUACACAUUUUUACAUAUAACAGCUGCGAUGCUAGGUUAUGCGUUGCAUUUGCAGUUGCUGAAGAACUCUGCACACAGUUGAUGUGGCUGACAUGUCGCUACCUUUUUUGUAUAACUACCAACAAUGGAUUUGCAGAGAGCUGCCACUGGAGACUCAAGGUCCAAACUGUUCAGUUAUAGGUUCCUAUGAGCUAAUUUUAGCUUUGGUGUAGCAUAAGCAACAUGUAGAGAAACACAGUGCACCUGUGUAUAUAUUGUCAGAAGAAUGUUUAUCACGUUGCACAUAAGACUGGUACGGUUUUGUUUUUAAAGAUAUUGCAAUAUUUCCACGGGAAUUGUUCUGUUUGUCCGGGACUAAAUGCAGGCUUGACAUGAUUUGAUCAGAAAGAAAAAAAAAAACCCAAAUCCACCAACUGUUUUCAGGUUCAGUGUGGAAAGAAUGUGCCAGUGAACAUGAGCUAUGCACAGUAAAAAGUGAUGAAUGAGAAAACAGUUAUUUAGCAGACAUGUUCUGUGUCAGGCCUUGACAUUGACGUGAUCAUUUGAAGCACUGUGUCAGCGCAGCAAUACCUGGCUGUGUGUUGUAGAGGAUACUGGGCAUCGUCCUUAGUGUGUGGAAGUUAUUGUUUACAGAAUCAUUUUUGGGCAGCGUUUGACACCACAUUUAAAGCGUAGUUAAUAUUUGUUAGGGGUAACGUGUUCCUAUCUACUGAAACCUCUCUGGGUGGAGAAGUGAUGUUAUGUAAAAGUCUUACCCUUUGCUCAUGAAAUCCACCCUUUAUCCUCACAACCUUGCUUCAACUGAUCAUUGUAAAGCAGAUGUUAGUCUUAGUCUCAUCAGUUUACUGUUUAAUCUCAAUUUCUGCUGAGUCAGGCAUCCAUAGUUUUAAUGUGUGAACAUACUGCAGAGUUUGGUGUCCUGUCCAUUAUUUUGUACCGAACUGGAUGCCACAGAAAGUGGCCUAGAAAAACCACAUAUCUCACAAAGGUCCUAAUAAUCAUGGCAGUCAAGAGCAAAAGGACAGAUUCACGUGUCUGUAACAGUUCAUUAGAGAGAUGAGGUUUUCCCGGGAUGUAAGAAAUAGAUUGAUUCUUGUUUUUGUUUGCACGUCUUCUGGCUGGUUCAGAUGACCAUCACUCAGAUAAGCUUAUUUAAUCUUUUAUAUAGUUUUAAGUAUUUAUAAUAAUAGAUAUUGCAAAUGUAGGUGAUUAAAAGAAAUCUUUUGUUUUAGUUUUACUUUGAUAAAGAAUUGGAUCUCGUGUUAUAACCUACAACUGCUUUCUGAAUACCAUCAUCUGGGUCAUUGUGAUAUGCUGUUGAUUUUCAUUCACUUUUUGUUAGUGCUGCUGUCAGUAACACCCAGACUCUUAGAAGAUUCAUGUUUCUUCCAUCUGUGGGCACAGGGUGAGCCUCAUUUCUUUUAUCUGUUUAUUAACAGAACAUUUGAAAUCCUUUUGUGUGUGUACCACUGUCAGUGACCAUCAACCUGAUGUUUUAGGGACUGUCUAAAGACAUCUUUACACUUUGUUCUUAUAGUUUGUUACAAGGGAGAUGAGUCUUUUCCCUGUUGUCUCCUGUUAAAGCUGUUUGAAAAAAGAAACUUCUUUGUGAGCCUCCAUUUUGUGUCUUCUGCAAAAAUACUGCCCUGCAUUCUUGUUUAUACAACUAAAGGGUAUUGGCCAGAUGUAGUAUUUAGAAAUUCUGAAGGUGAUUUGACAAACAUUGCUCUGGUACUAGAUGGGUUACAGUAGGCUGUCUGUAAGUCUCACAGUAAUCUGCUUGACUCAGUCAUGUAGCAGAACAUUUACCAGGGAUGACAUUUAACAUAAAUAAAACAAAGCACAGUAGCCCAGUUGAUUGUGAGCAUUUAGGGUUUUACAGAUUUGGCCUCCUGAGAAAACUCUGUUGGGGUGUACAGUCAUGUUACACAUCCAAAGCAGCAUGGAGUCAACAAUCUAUAGACUGAAACUUACAAGGGCCGUGUUCACAAAAUUUUAUAUGCAUGGUGAUUUUUUAAAAAGCCAUGAAGUACAUUUCCAUGUAUCUCUGUUGUAGAGUAAGUUUGGCUUCUCUGACAUAAGAUGCAUGUUUGAAUUUGCUGGAAAAUAAACCUCUCUGCCUGCUA